GUGAACAAGUCAUAUUUCUGUGUAUAUUUAAUUGACUUUUGUUUGUAUUUGUAGCAUGAUCAAUAUUACAAUCGCCUUGAAUGGUUUAGCAGUCAUUAGACAAAAAGUAAGAAAAGACUUCCAUUAACAGUGAGGCUAAUAGUGCAAUUCAAUGUCUACUCGGAAGUAAGCCCUAUUUAAUUCAUUGGGGCUUAUUCAUGGGUUAGUGGGGUGUCUGCUCAACUGCAUUGGGUUCAGUAGCACUUGCUCCCAGGUAAGUGUGAAUUGGAUUGUAGCCUAAGACUGCAUAAACGGUCUGCAGAAACUGGUGCACUCAUAGUAGCUAGUGUGAUGCUGGAUCAGGACGGGAAAGGCCUGACUGAAACCCCAGCUACUGAAACCACCUGGAGGUGAAUUGGCCAAGCAGAAAUUACUUGAGGAGGCUUGGAAGGUGGCAAUGCAAGAAUGGGCCUUUUCGGUGAUGGCCCCUCAGCUGUGGAAUGCUCUCUCCAGGAAGGCACACCUGGUGCCUUCUCUAUCCAUCUUUAGAUAUCAAGCAAAGACCUUCCUUUUCACUCAGGCCUUUGUACCUCUACAUGUAUGGCGGAUAAACUUGGAUACUCCAGAAGAGGCUCAUCAAAACCUCUCUUUUGGUGCUGCUGAUCGGUGGUGGGAGCAAACUGAUCUCACCAAACUAAUCUUAUCCUCAAACAAGCUGCAAUGUCUUUCUGAUCAUGUCAAACUCUUGCCUGCUCUUACUGUGUUGGAUGUGCACGAUAAUCAACUGACAUCUCUUCCUUCUGCUAUAGGAUCACUGGAAAACCUUCAGAAACUUAAUGUGAGUCAUAAUAGACUAAAAGAUGUACCAGAGGAGCUUAUCCAGCUGAAACAUUUAAGGAGUCUGCUUCUGCAGCAUAAUGAAUUGAAUCGCUUGCCGGAUGAAUUUGGACAACUUACUAGUUUGGAGGAGUUGAACGUUUCCAACAACUAUAUUUCUAGUAUCCCUGCAAGUUUUUGUUUCCUUACAAACUUGGUGAGGCUCAAUUUGUCUUGUAAUCAUUUGAAGAGUCUACCAACAGAAAUCAGUGCUAUGAAAAGUUUAAAACAGCUUGAUUGUACUAAAAACGAUCUGGAAACUAUACCUCCUGAACUGGCCAAUAUGGUAUCAUUAGAACAACUUUAUUUAAGGAGAAAUAAAUUGUGCUACCUGCCAGACCUUCCUUCAUGUAAAUUUUUAAAGGAGUUGCAUGUUGGUGAAAACCAAAUUGAAGUAUUAAAACCUGACCACCUAAAGCAUCUGAAUUCCUUGUGUGUGCUGGAAUUAAGAGAUAAUAAACUAAAAUCACUACCAGAUGAAAUAACUCUGUUACAAGGGUUAGAGCGACUGGACCUAUCCAACAAUGAUAUUAGUAGACUUCCUUAUAAACUAGGAAACCUAUCUCAGCUGAAGUUCCUAGCACUGGAAGGAAACCCUUUAAGAACCAUCCGAAGGGAAGUUCUACAAAAAGGAACACAAGAAAUACUGAAAUAUCUUAGAAGUAAAAUACAAGAUGAUGAUACAAUUAGUCCAAAUGGAGAAUUGUCUGUGACAGCGAUGACUCUGCCAAGUCAAUCAAAAAUUAACCUGCAUGCUAUAACUGCAUUAAAAACAUUGGACUAUAGUGAGAAACAGGCAGCUGUAAUUCCGGAUGAAGUACUGAAUGCAGUUGGAACCAAUCCAGUCAAUAUUGCAAAUUUCAGCAAGAAUCAGCUGACUGAAAUUCCAGUAAGAAUUGUGGAGCUAAAGGAAUCUGUCUCUGAUAUCAGUUUUGGUUUCAAUAAGCUCUCUUCUGUUUCCCUGGAACUCUGUAUGCUUCACAGACUGACACAUUUGGAUGUCAGAAAUAACAGUUUGACAUCUCUGCCUGAUGAAAUGGAAGCACUGACAAAACUGCAAGUAAUUAAUCUUGCUUUCAACAGAUUUAAAAUAUUUCCAAAUGUCCUCUAUCACAUUCCUACUCUUGAAACAAUCCUCCUUGCCAAUAAUCAGGUCGGAUCCCUGGACCCUCUGCAAAUAAAGAAGUUGGAUAGGCUUGGGAUCCUUGAUCUUCAAAAUAAUGACCUCUUACACAUACCACCAGAACUUGGGAACUGUGUCAAUCUCAGGACCCUUUUGCUGGAAGGCAAUCCUUUCCGGACUCCUCGAGCUGCUAUUCUUGCCAAGGGGACAGCUGCUGUGCUUGAAUACCUAAGAAGCAGAAUUCCUACUUGAUCUGUUGUGCUUGGUUUGAACCAAAAUGUGUACAAGACCUUACCCUUCUGAAGCAUGAAGAUCACAGUCCUUAUGCCUGAGAAGUAUUUGAUUGGAUCAGCAUAAGUUCAAAGUGUAUAUGCUGGAGUUACUGUUAAGGGCUGUUUCACAGAGGACUUUUACUUUGCAUGUGAGCAGUUCAAAGUGUCUUUGGGUACAUAUUUGCAUAGCGUAAGUGUGUGUGUUAGAUCUAUCUGUCCAACAACUAUUCCUGGGUUCAUGACAUAGUGUUAAAAAUACUGCUGCAGUCAAGGAAUUGCUGGUGACUGUUUCUAUGUAUGGUUUGGUCUGUUCUUGCCCCAUAUACCCUGUAUGAACAGGUGCUGUGUGUUACCUGAAAUUGGACAUAAUAUUCUGUUGUGCUUAAAUUUUCUUUUAUCCUUGCUGUUUAAAAUUCCAUUUUCUUUAAUUUUAAGAGCACCAAAACAGUUACUCAAAAAUUAAACGUAGAUAUUGAUCUGUAUAACAUGAUGCCUUUGACCACAUGAUUGCCUAUUCAAGGAGAAGUAUGAUGCUGGCUUAAUCACUAUUGAUAAAUUGGCACCUGUAUCAAAUUAGUAUUUGAAAAUCAGAUUGAAAUAUAUAUAGCAAAUGAUCAGUUUCAGAAAUUCAGCCAAACGACUUAAGUAUGCUGUGUGCAAUUGACGGUCAUGAAUUCCAGAAAUGUUUUGAAAAACUUCCAUAUGGAACACCACAGAUGUUGGAAGCAUUUUUUUCUGUGUUUUUAAAAUUAACACUUUGUACUGUGUGUAUGUUGUAUUUAUUCAAAUGGCUAGUCUCGUUAGAUUAACAAAGGAUUGUAUCCAAAGCAGCAUCAGCAGAGGUCCACUGGAACAGUGACGCUGGUUUCAUCUUCUCCUGCCCCCCCCAAAUCUUCUCCAGAGGGUCCCUCAACCUUCCAGAGGUGAUUUUGAGGGUUCAUGGGGGGCUGUAGGAGAGAGGAGAGGAAUGUUCCGUUACAUUAUCUUGUACUAUCAGUAUCUUGCACUAGCAGAACAAGAGUGUUGGAUAUUGCCCAUGUUUUUCAUUUCUUUUCUUCUUCCCCCCUUUUUAUUUUUCACUGAUGAGUCAAAGCAUUAGGACUGUGGUUUUAAAUCUACUCUGAUUCUGUAUAUAGAAACAGGCAGCAGCCCCGGUGUUGGUUGAUGUGUAAAAUACUAGCCAUAUGUACACUACUGCCUAGGAGGAUACUCUCCUUUUCAGCAAACAGCAGAUAUGGUUAUGAAAGCCAUAGUCCCAACCCAAUGAGAGUCUAGUGCAGGGGUGACUAAGCUGGGGCCCUGGUUUUGGAGUACAGCUCCCAUAAUCUCUAACCACUAGCCAUGUUGCCUGGAGCUAAUGGGAGCUGAAGUUCUCCAACAUCUAGGAGGCCACCGAUGAGCUAGCCCUAGUCUAGUAGAUUUUGUGAUUUAGGAAAUGUUUAUGUGCCACCUCCCCCUAUUUAAACUAUUCCACAAGUGAGUAUGCUGCCCUAAGCCUGUUUUUAGCCACUGAUUGUCCUUGAUGUAUUGAAGCAAAGAUAAAGGUAAAUACAUAAAGACUGGGACUGGGGCUGAUUGGUAACAAUUCAUGCAUGUUUCAUCUUUCUAGAUAAGAGAAAAAAUGUUUUCUAAAUAUGUUGGUGGCAUAUUCCAUAGUGGCAUACUCCAAGCCUCAGAUGGUGGUUCUAGAUGCUACCCCCAGUUCAGUGCAGUGCAGUGUUAAGUCUAGUUGAGUGCACCUAUCUUUGUGUUUAUGCAGCUGAUUCGCCUGAGUACAUGCUAACGUAUCAGAUACUUGAGUCCUAUAUCAGUUCUGGCAACACUUCUAGCUAUACAGUACUCGCAGGAGCUGGGGGACUAAUAGCAAUCAUUGUACUAAACCAUUCGCAGCAGUGUAGCCAAUACUACUUUUGUGACCUGAAAGGCUGACAACUAGAAGUGUCAUUUUAUGUUUGAGAAUGUGUUUCUAGUUCUGAUAUGCUUGGAGUGGUACAAAAUAAAAAUAAAAACCUGUGGGCUGAGAAAGUAAAAAUUAAGAGGCCUGCCAAAAAAUCUUGCUCUUACUCCUCUAAACUUGCUUUCUAUGAAUUAGCAAAUAUGACAUCUUUGUCUUUUAAAAAUGUAAUUGCAAGACUCCAGCACAAAGUACUUACAAUAAGGUGCUUUUAUUUAUACAAUAGACUUUUUAAUAUAUUAUUCAAAACACUUUUUUAAAUACUGAAAAAGGUUGAGUACAUCAAAGCCGAAAAUGGCUCUGCUAUACGCUGCACAGCAUUGUUUGAGUCCCUGUAUUCUUUUUAUGUACAGAAAGCAUCUGCAAAAUGCAUUCUAGACACAAUAUGCACCUUACCAGUUAGUGUCAACACAUAAAGUAAAAUGGGAGAGAUACCACCUGCAUGUGCAAAUUAAAGAUAAUUGAUUUCACUGAAUCAAUAGAUUUAAAAUAUAGCUUUAAAGUACCUUUUUGCACAUAAAAUGAAGCAGCUUCUAAGUUCAAUAAAUCUGUAUACUGCAAAGACACUGAAAUACAUUCACAAUCUAUGUUCAUAGAAUAGUAAAUGAUUCUUCAUUCAGCCAUAUUUACAAUGAUAUAAUUAAACUGAAAAGUAAGUUUUUCAUAUAGCAAUCUUUGUAACACAUACAAAAAUGACAGUUCUGUAUAUAAUUUAAGCUCAAAAUCACAAUUGUCUCAAAAUAUUAAUUACAAUACAGCUAUCUCUAUAAUUAAACGUGUUUUUAUAAAAUGGUAAAAUCUGUAAUAAAGUAAGCUGUUUUUGACUUGAUUACAGUACUCACAAGUAGAAAAAUGUAACUUUUGUUUUGCCCAGUGUUAAGCCACCUAAGCUAGCAAAGAGGCAGGAAAGGCCCCAAUUUAUAAAAAUUCAGCCUCUUGUGCUGAACUGGUGUGGCUUGUUGAUGUUUGGAAUAAAACCUUUUACAAGGGGCAUGAAAAUUCUAGAUGGAGUAAAAUGGUGUGUAUUAUACAUAUUUUGAGUGUGACUUAACGCACAUCUGAAAAGUUCAUAAAGACUAGUAAAGGAGGACUUUUAAAAAUUGGAGUUAAAAUUCUGGUUUUUUAUAGAGAGAAAUGUGGCUAUUAAAAAUGCGUGCUGAGGAAAAUUAUGCUUUGCCUUUCGGUGUCAGUGUUGGGCUGUACAAAUAUUACUACCAUCAUUGUAGGGCAUAGCAAAAACUGUACUUGUUAACCUUCACUAUCCAAACUACUGGUUUAAAAAUGCUUUUAUUCUUAUCUCAUACUUGGAACAUGAUGCAAUGAUGCAGGCCUGACCAAAAGGAAAAAAUUAGAAAUCAAAAUUCUUGAUAGCAAUUCCUAAAGGAAGAAAAAAAUAUUUUGUGAAAGUAUAAACCACUCUUGUUUCAUCUUAAUUUUGCCCCCAAAGUACAUGAAAGCUGUAAAUAUGGAAAACCUGAAUCAAAGUUAAUAGCCUUUAACUUUAAACACUGUUAUUGUUGACAAUAGUGAUACCUAUUGAACCUUAGCAAGGGUGUGAACAUGCUGGCAUUUUCCUUUAGCUUCUCUGGUUUGCAUGAUUACUUCUUAAGAGAGGCAUGUAUUGCAGUCAGACACAGUACACUCACAAGCCAACUCUGUAAAAUGCUGAAAUUACUGUUCUUAGUUAGGUAAAUGGGUAAGCACAGCCAUGCUGCUGCUGCAGUAAAAAAAAAAAAGCUUAAUCCAUUCACCUCAGCCCUAAUCCUAAUAGUUAGAGAGCUUUCAUAGUAUAAAUGGUGCUGGAGAGAAAACUUACAAGGAUUCUGAAAAUUGUAUUUCUAUAGAAGUCAGUUUUGUAGAGUUUUUGCCAUAGGAGUAUGUCGUAACUGCAUGUAUAGAAGCAUAACAAAUUCCUGUCACUGAAUCCAUGUAGUGAUGUUCUAUCUGCAUUAAUCCUAAUGGGUUCCUGAACAGCUGUUGCGCUAAAUCAAGGUAUGUCAGUCUUUCCCUUUGUUUUACUUUUAGUGUAAUUCUAAGGUGAGAUUUCGUAAAUAAACUUUUAAGAAUUGUUGCUAACAGAACUAUUGCCAUGGUAACAAAUGCAACAGAGUGAAGAGUAAAUGUCAUGUGUAUUUUUAAAUUAUUGUAAAAAAUGGGAAGAAAUAAGUUUAAAAACAUUGGAUUCUCACCUGGAUAUGAGGACCAGGAGUGCAGUUGUGCAGGGUCUCGGGGGGGGGAGGGUCUAAGACCCUUUACUUUUUUGGGAGCAGAGUCCCAGCAGGGUCCCUAUGUCUCCACCAUCCUAUGAGCCAAUAAGCAUGAAAGGGGAGUGUAUUAGUCACUGAGAAGAGUCUCCUAACAUGCUUCCUUGGAGACAAUCAGAGUAAAAGGAGGCGAGUCAGCUGUUGAGAAGACUCUUCUCGGCAGCUAACACUCUCCCCUUUCAUGCUUAUUGGUUCCUAGGGAUGUCUGUUUUUGUGAGAGAAGGUGUUAGCAAGGAUCUCAUUCUCAAUCCAGCAGUAAAAAGGGGGGGCAUUGCUGUGAUUAUCAUGAAGGGACUGUGCACUUCUGAAUUUGCCACUACACUACUGAUGAGGACUGGUAAAUUACAUAGCAUUUGAAGUUUCACAUCGUUGGAAGAAGAAACCUGGGAUUCAAAGAUCACUACAGGCCCAUAGCAUACAAGAGCAAUAACAUAUAGAGUAUUUAUCUUACUAUACUAUACUCCUGCUCAGAAGGUCAGAGCAAGUGGCAUGAUUCCCAGGCCACCUCCCAUUCAGCUUACAUGGCCAGGCCUUGGAAACCAUUUGAAGUAGAUCAGCUUGAUGCCCAGCUACUAUUUUCCAGCCUGUCAUAAUUAUCUGAUUCAGUAACACAACUGAGCUGAAACCUGCACAAUAUAUUUAGCCCUCAAGGGGCUAUCCUGAGUUCUUUUUAGCAGCUGAACUGUUGCAUUUUAUUGUUUAAUUAUGGUUUUAUAUUUCAGUGUCAUCAGUCAUGAACCUGGGAAAAAGUAUAUAAAUAUUUUAAGUAGUCUAAUAUAUAUUUAUACUCAAAAAAGUUAUUGCUUGUGUGAAUCCCCCUGCAAAUGCUCAAGAACUGUAUUACAUUAGUGCUAAACCACUUUUAAUUAGCUGUAGUAAAGGUUCCUCUAGCAAUAAGCAAGAGUAUACACUGUUUCCCAUCAUUUAUUGUCAUCUUGUGAAUUAACCCAAAUGCAUGUUUUAUCAGACGAAACACCGUGUCAUUCAUUAAGAAUUUGAGCUGAGUAAGGACAGCAUAUUUUUGCAAUCAGAAUAUCUGAAUAUGGACUAAGAAAAGGGUGUGGCAGGGAAGCAUUGCAGAUUACAACGAAUAUUGAGAUUAGUUGUGAAUAUUCGUUGUGUGAGACCCUAAACCACAUUGAGUGAAUGUGGUUAUCCAAGUGUUUUGCUCUUUCUGACAGCCUUAAUUUGCACUUACAGAUGCUUUAUUAACAAAUAGGACCACUAACUGACUUAUGCAGCUAAAGGCUGCACUCAAAGAACUCCAUAUGUACACCUGUUGAACAAAUGGUUGGCAAUGGCAGUUUGACUAUUAAUAAUCAAUAAUAAUUGAUUAUUAGCUGCCUUGAGUCUGAAAGAGGUGGAAGCAAAGGGGAGUCCAAAUGCAGUUCCUUCCUCCUCCGUAUCUUUGCAAGUGAUCAGAGCUAUCCAAACCAUAAUUCUUAAAUUAAUGUGCUCUGAGAAGUACUGAGAUGAUGUAUGUCAAGCACUUUGGCAUGUUCAAGUGCUGCAUACCUGCCAAGUUAUUUGUAGCUAAAGGGUCAACAGGUGUAAUAGGUGGGGGAAGGGAUGCAAAGCUCCAGUCUUCCCACUCCUGCCACUUCACUCAUACUCCCUGCUCUGCCAUCCAUGUCUCAAAUCCAUCUCUGAUGCCAGUGUCUCACAUGGCACAUAUUAUGUUGUUAGCUAUAACUCACUGAUACGUCCAAGACAGACUCUGCCUUUGUAGCCCUGGCCUAGGUUCUGUUUCUUAGUCACACAGGAGUGUUGUGAGAGAGCACAAAAUGUUAGGAAUUUGUAUAAAUGUUAGAACUAAGUAGAACCGGGUGGGGGGUAUGUUUUGUAAAUACUUCCAUGUCCCUCAAAAAGCAUCUCCACAUUUUCAUUUUUCCAAAAUGGGUAGGGGGAAGUCAAGAUGGUACAAAAAUGGUUGGGGGGGAUUGAUUGUUAAUUGAGCAAACACCCUCUUUUGGGAACUGCACAGGAGGGUGACUCAGAUGCUUAUUUGCAUAGGCAUUGCAGGCAGAAUAUUGCCUACACAUACUUUUGCUAUGAAGAGGCUGUGCGCUGGAAUACACAUUCUGAAGUGCAUCCUUGUGCAACUAGAACUAGAUAAGGGACAAUGCAAUUCCAUUUGUCCUUGUGGAACUCAUAGCCAGAUCUGAUUUCCUCUGUGAGUGAUGACAUGUUUACUAAAUGAUUUAUGAUGUGAAAAAAAAUGAAAAAGUGAAGUUGGAAAAAAGCCCUGUUUAAAAGUUUUAAAAGACAGCACUGAAACAGCAGGGGAUUUGGAAUAACAAUGGCUAUGAAUAGGUACAUGAAAGCCAGGAUGAAAGUCAAAAGAAGGUGUCUAUGUACCCCUCAAAAGCACACUUUCUUCCUUGAAAAUUCAGCAUAUUCAGUAUCCUGCCCCCAACUCAGAAGUACUUAAAUUUAAAUUUGUAAGGCAUUAAAUUUAAAAAGGCAAAAGUUUUAAAGGCAAUUCUGUAUGUCUCUUCAGCAGUGAGUCCCAUUAAGUUCAAUGGAGUUUACUCCUGGGUAAGUGGAUGUAGGUUUGCAGACUUAAAUUAUAUAUAGAUUUUUUUUUAAUGAAAAUAUCAUUCUAUAAAUCAUCAUAUGGACUUGAGAUAAGAAAAGAGUUUAUGGGAAUUAGUUUUAUGAGAUGUAAAGAACUUUGAGGCUAUGUUUUAAUGGACAGCAGAAUUUGUAAAGAGCUUGUGUGUGCUUCUGUGUUCUGAAAUUACAUAACAUCUAGAAAUAAUUAAAAAGAAUAUUGAAAAGAAACUGGUGCCUGUGCACAGCCCGAGGCUUACAAUGAAAACAAAUAUGUAAUAACGUGAAAAUUACAUGUAUAUAUGUAUCCCCCCCGAUGAUCUAACAUAUAUUAUACAUUUGGCACUGUAUUUGCCAUUGGUCCAGCAAUUGGCAAAAAAAUGUUUCCUAUAUAUAUAUA